AAAAAAAAAAUGACGGAAGUCAACGACAAAACAGAUUGGUCAAAAAUCAAUACAGCGUAUACGUCUGCGUUACACCCACUGAAAUAGAGAUAUACCUAUUUCAGUGGUUACACCUGUUGCCGCGAUUGUUUUUCAACAACAUCAAGGGGUCAAAAUACCAGUUCAUUUGUUGGUGAAAAAACCGGCAGAAAUAUGGUAAUACCUUGCAUUUUCUGGAAUAGCUUUAGACAUUUCAGCAAAAACCGUGUGAUAGACAUAUCAGAAAACUUGUUGAUAGAAAAUAUUAUUUAUGCAUGAGCUUAUUCUCAGGUGAUUUAUACAUUGUAGUUGAAAUGAUUGAUAAAUUGCGUGUUGAAAAGGGUGAUACAGAGAGGCAGAAGGACGAACUUGCAUCGCUGGCUGAGAUUUAUACCCCGGACGAGUUUUGCUACACUGCAGACAAAGAUCUGUGCGGUCGAAUGGAGUGUAUAUUGACAGGAACGCUCACGCUACCAGAUAAGCUCCUGGAAAUCGAAUAUCUAAAUCUAAAUUUACAGCACAGAUGUCCAACGCUACCCUAUCUGAGGUUUUUUGUACGACAUCUACCACCCGCCACUCUCUACAUUAAUUUUCCAUCCAACUAUCCGUCAGUAAAUCCCCCAGAGUACCGAAUGUCUGUUACUUGGCUACCGAUGUGGGAGAUUUCUAAAAUUUGUCAAAAGCUUGACGAACUGUGGCUAGAUCAUAAAGGGAAUGAAAUUCUGUUCAUUUGGAUGGAGUUUCUAAAACAUGAGCUGCUUAGUUUGUUGGGUAUCCAACAAUGUCUUGAUAUAUCGUUUCUUUUCACGGCAUUUGAAGAACCCAACGAUUACUUAAAGUCCGACUUGAGCCAACUGUCUGACCCACGAGCCUCAAACGAUAAUAUGUUUUUGAAUCCUGAGGAAUACCUGGUUAGGUAUGACUCAACUUAUCACCAAAUCGACUUCCAAAAUAGUUUUCAUGCCUGCAAAAUUUGCUUCGAGGAAUUUUCAGGCAGGGAAUGUCUUGAGUUCCAUAAUUGUGAACACGUUUGUUGUAAGAAUUGCGCUAAAACAUACAUAAUCACCAAAAUCAACGAGGGCCAAAUCAGCAGUAUCCCCUGUCCUGAGCACAUGUGCAAUACGGAGAUAACCCCUGAAAAAAUACGGGAACUCAUUGCCUUUGAUCUCUACCAGAGGUAUGAAUGUCUCCUCUUGCAAAUAACUUUGGAUUCAAUGAGUGACAUCAUCUACUGCCCACGUCUGAAAUGUCAGUAUCCUGUUACAAAAGAUGGAGAUAAAACGUUGGCUAGUUGCGCCAAUUGUCUUUAUAAUUUCUGCAUUUAUUGCCGCAAGGUGUAUCAUGGCGUUGCCCCAUGUGUUAUGAGUUCCCACGACCAGAAAAAAUUAAUUGAGGAAUACAAAGUGGCAAAUCGAGAACAAAGAAAACUUCUGGAAAAAAAAUAUGGACAAAAGCAGCUGCAAAUUGUCGUUGAAAAAUACCUCACCAACUCGUAUUUGAAGGAGAAUACAAAGCAAUGCCCAAAUUGCAAGGCCUAUACAACUAAGAUCGACGGUUGCAACAAGAUGAUAUGUGCCUACUGCCAAGCCUACUUCUGCUGGCUCUGCAGAGAACAUUUAGUUGGGGAAAACCCCUACAAGCACUUCAAUGAUUCAGUGAACGCAUGUUACCAACGCCUGUUUGAAGGUGUUGAUUUGGGUAAUGAAGGUUUUGAGGAUAUCCCUGAGGAGGUAUAAGAGGAACCGUGGGAAGCAUUCCCAUUUCAAAUUUAAUUCUAAAUUGUACGUGCAAUGAAGAUCAUAAGUCUCCUUUGUGCCACAAUUUUGUCCGAAAAUUUUUGGUUUAUUUAUUUCAUUCUUAUUCGUGCCUGAUUCCUAGCUGUCUAAUUUUGCAACAAGGUUAAAUUAGGAAUCAAUCCAGAGUCGAGAACAGCCAGUCCAAAGCCAGAAAAAGAUGAUAUUUUUACUUAUUCUUAUGGAGUCCUCUGUAAUAUUUCCAAACGUUUCUCUUAAAAGUUUUAUCAGUACAUACUUAUAUUAUUUCAUGCCUAUAACUGUACGUUAAAUACAUGGUAUGUAAGAAAUAAAUUUCAGAAUCAUGA